ACGGGGCAUAAGCGCCUCCCCGUCGCGGCCGAGCCCCCUGCCACCCCCGGGCCGAGUUGUCCCAGCGAGGAGCGCCUGGUCCGUCGGGCGUCGCGAUGCAGGGCCAGGCAGCGGGCAGCCGGGCGCUGUGCUGCGCGCUGGCUGCCGUCGGGUUGCUGUCGGCGCUCAGCGCCGCGGGCACCGUCUUCUUGCUGGGCCAGUGGCGGGAGCUGAGCGCCGCGCUGCAGGCGACCCAGGAGGAGGUGGCGCAGCUGCGGCAGCCCCAGGUUCCGCCGAGCGCACUGCGGCACCUCCGCGAUAGCGGCGCCCCGUCGGACGGCGGCCUCGCCCAAGCGCCGGGCGGCCGCGACAAGAGGAGCCAGCGGAGGCGCGCCCUCGCCAAGAGCCACAUCCGCGCCGAGGACGAGGACAUGCUCAUGAUGAUGACCUACUCCAUGGUGCCGGUCCGGGUGAUGAUCGAGAUCUGCAACAGCACAAAGGGAGUGUGCUUGACAGGACCACCAGGAAUACCAGGUCCUCCUGGGCUUGAUGGACUGCCUGGUCUUAACGGAUCAGAUGGCGAUCCUGGCAUCCCUGGUCAGAAGGGAGAAAUUGGAAAAAGAGGGAAACCAGGAUUGAAAGGAGAACCUGGAGAGAAAGGCGAAAAAGGGGAUCCUGGUGAAAUUGGCUUGCCUGGGAAAGAGGGAGAGCGAGGAGAAAAGGGAUCGAGGGGUCCCAAGGGGGACAAAGGUGAUGCAAACAAUGAACUCAUGGCAGAAGGUGCAAAAGGUGAGCCAGGACCUCCAGGGCCCUCUGGUCCCCCAGGGCCUCCAGGACCUCCAGGGCCACCUGGGAAGCGGAAAGCUAAGGCCCAGGUUCAGGAGAAAAUGUUGAGUUCAGAGUGUACAGGGGAAACCUGUGCUAUCCCAAAUGACGAUACCCUGGUGGAGAAAGCAAAAGAGAAGGGACACCUUCGUCAGCACAGAAAACCAGAAUGCAUCAUUAAAUCAAUUGGAAACCCAGCUGAGAUUAUACAAUUAAGACAGAGCUACGGAGCGUGGAUGAUGGAUCUCGCCAACAGAAGUGAUGAAAAAAUUUGGAUCGCUGAACAUUUUACAGGCCACAUGAUUAAAGAAUACGAGGACAUCUCUGCGCUGUGGAACAACAGCUACAGCACCAUCGAGCUCCCUUGGCAAUAUUACGGCUGCGGACAUGCCAUCUAUAACAACACCUUGUACUAUCAGCGUGUCGGACGCAACAUUAUUGUGAAGUAUGACUUCGCGACACAGUCCUCGCAGACACUCUCCAUGAAAAACGCCUGGUACUUUGAGCGCAAGUACCUCUUCGGCGCUUCCAAAUCCUACUUCAGCGUCGCCGUGGACGAGAACGGGCUUUGGGUGCUCUACCUCUCGAGGCCAGACGAGCACAUCAUGGUGGCGCAUGUAGACGAGGACACCUUCUCGGUGUUGCGGUACAUCAACACCACAUACCCGCAGUCCAAAGCCGGCAACGCCUUCGUCGCCUGCGGGGUGUUGUACAUCACCGACAAGAACCACACGCAUGUCGCCUUUGCUUAUGAUCUCUGGAGGGAAAGGCAGCUGGACACCAGUUUUGAGUUGAAACUGUCGCUAUCCGACGCAGGCUUUGCUUCCAAAGUUUCCCCAGCCAAGCAGGACGAUUCGUCGUUUGUGCCCGUCCUAGCUAUGCUUUCCUAUAACCAAGGGGACAAGCGCCUCUACACAUGGGAACAUGGCUUCCUGAUGCAAUACCCUGUCCAUUUUGUUGGCUGAAUGCGCUUAGUACCAAUCCACAAGGGCCAUCUUUGCCUGUCGUCCAUAUUGGAGAUUCGGCUCUCCAAACCUUUCGGCGAAAACAAUUGCACACCUCCCAUUUGAGGAGAGUCGCAAAGCAAUGUGCGUACAGACAGGGCGGCUUGUUCUCAUCCCCCCUUUGUGUCCCCAGCGUAGAUGUUUAGAUUACGUAGGCUUCUGUGGCUUUGCAGAACAAAGGCCGCUCAAUGUCGGAGCGAGUGGUGCAUUCCGGCAGAAGCCCAGUGAGGCUUUUGUUUCGCAGAGAGGCUGUGGUGUGGGAGGAAGACCUUUUCGAAUGCCAUGUGCUUCGAGCACGAACGGAGGCAUGUGGCACCUCUCGUCAAAGGACCCCAGGAACAUGUCUAAAAGCCUGCAGAUCCCAUGUGGUGCUCCUUCUCACGACCUGGGUCACAAUGGCACCAUACAUUUAAAGCAUGCUUGGACCACUUUCGUGUUGGAACGGUAGUUUUUGUUAAGGGUCCUGUGGAUCAGAGGUCUUGGGUUGUCUUCUAGCAACCCCCGACACCCUUUAACCGACUGCAGUUGCCAGAUUUAUUUUGGGGGGAGCCAGAGCUGUAAAAGUGGUGCAAGCAUCCUUUUAAAUGUAUGGCUGGGGUCCACGCCAGCCAUUUUUAAACUUGCGAGGGGUGUGCCCGGUGUUCCCUGCCCACUAGCAGGUGGGAGAUUUUAAUGUUGUGGAACGGUGGCAUCUAAUGCAACAGAAACAGCGACCCAUCUGCAGGUAACGAAGUCCUCCUGCCACAAAGCUUCUUACCAGCAGAAGUAUACCACUAAGUGACAAACGUCGGGAUGCAACCUUCAGUUUAUUGGUCUGUUGGUUGCGUGUGGCUGCUUAGGUGAUCAUACAUAUUGCUCUAAAUCAGCCUUUCUCAACUUGUGGGUCCCCAGAUGUUGUUGAACUACAACUCCCAUCACCGCUAGCUAGCAAGGCCAGAGCUCAGGGAUGAUGGGCGUUGUAGUCCAACAACAUCCGGGGACCCACAGGUUGAGAACCGCUGCUCUAAAUGGUCUUAUGGGCCAUCUCAUCGAACCCUGAUCUCAUUCUAGGAUCUUGCAACUCUCACAGCAGGCUUGCGGCAGCUUUGGCCCUCCAGAAGUUGCCAGACGAUGACUCCUGUCAUUCCUAGCUUCCUGAGGCUGAUAGGAGCUGUUGUUCAGGGCCAUAUGGAGGGCCACAGGUUCCUCACACCUGCCUUACAGCUUCUGCUCGAAUAUCUCAUGACAAAGAGGCCACAAUUGCCCUGAAGCAGCCUCUUCUCCUGUCAAAACAGCUAUUUGCGUGGCGUUUUUGCCAGAAUAGGAUGCCCUCCCAUUUCAACUGGCUGUUGUUUUAUGCUCUGGAGCAAAAGAGGGAGAUGUAUGUGGAACAUACUGGGGGGGGGGAAUGCUUCUUAAAACACCCCCUUCAGCUCUCUUUAACAUGAUAGUCUUCAGCCCUGCUCUGACCACUGAAAUGUGUCCUUGAAUCCGAGAUAUCAUUUUCAAUUCUCCGUUGAAGUCAUCCCCCCACUCCCAGCACCUUUUAGCUGUAAUCUUGGCUGAAUGUCUCUCUCUCUGUGUAUAUAUUUCUCAACUGGGGCAUAAAGAUGCAUGUAUGAGAAUCUUGGCAAAUAAAGGGGACAUUGGCCCAACUGG